AUGUCUGAAAAACGGUUGAAACUCGCGGCCCAAGGAUUACGCAAAACUGCUAUAAGUCUACAAGCUGCUGUUGUAAGCCUUCUACAAGCUGCAGAAGCUCUUACCUCUGAAACCGACGACAGCUUGGUAGAUAAUAACCCGUUAGACAUUAAUCUUCAGGAUCUCUUGAAAGGUAAUAUUAAUGGGGCUCUUAGUAAAUUGUUUGGUGAUGCUCUCAAUAACGAAGGCGAAACGCUAGACAAAGAUCAAAAGGCUCAACAAAAUGACAAACAGCCAGCAAAUGGGGUCAAGAGAUCUACACGUAAACCAAGACCGCCUCGUGACCCUAACGCACCUACGAAACCUCAGAACGCCUUCAUAUUGUUUCAAAAAGACGUUGCGAAUUCGGUAAAGGCGGAAAAUCAGGGUAAACCUUGUGCCCACGAAGUAGAAGAAAAUGAAAAAUCUACUAAAAGAUCAAAGAAAAGGACCUCAAACGAUGAAGAACACAGAAAAAUCAAGAAACACUCACGGGAUGAAAAGAGCAAAGAAGAUUUUGACGUAAGCGAAGAGAUUAAAUAUGAAAGAGAAGAUGGAGUUGGUGAUGAAUUCGAAUCGUCAUCUAAAACGUCGAAAAAUAAGAAGAGGAACAAAAAGACCAAGAAAAUUUAG